AUGCUCCAUUCUUCCAAGGAAUCACAGGCUGAGCCAUCUUCAGCUAUCCCCCAUAGAUCAAGUUAUCUUGUCGGACAGCAGAAGAAGAGUACACGGGAACCAAUGUGUUAUAGGACUCAUGCAGAACUUGUCCAUUCUGGGUAUCAGGCAUGUCACUGGCGUCGUCACCACUCUCUCGCCACAUAUCAUACCAGCGAGCUUUGGGGCAUAUAUGCCAAAGCAAGUAUAUGGGACGGUACUAUCUUUGAUACGCAAGAUGACAAGACCUGGCAUUUUAUGAGUGUAGAAACAAGCAUAAGAUGCCUAGCUAACUGGUUCCCCAUAGGAUAUAGGUCAUCCCGAGAGGCUAGCUAA